GGCUCUGCGCCCCGCCUGCCGGCCCGCCGGCCUGCCGCCCUGCCGCUUCUCGGGUCGCCCUCGGGGUCCGGCCUCGCCCUCCCUUCGACACUCUCUCGGCCACUUCCGUCCUGGGAACGUCCCCCACCCGCGGGCGGCGCCCUGGGGCAGAGCUCUAUGGUCGCGGGGGGCAGGCAGGAAGCUGCUCUGGCCCCGUUCUCGAUGCUCGGGGGCCGCCAAAGGCCGGCAGCCCCUCCCUGGCAGGAAGCGAGGGUGCGGCGCAAUCCGGAGAGAACGCCAAGACGACGCCCAAGUUCCCUUUCAGGCCAGAACUCUUCCUUUUUCUAGCUUGGGGGAGAAGGCGGAGCGGGAGCCCCGGAACCCCCGCCCUCGGGGUGCGAGGCGGCAGCAGGGCCGUCCCCUACAUUUGCAUAGCCCCUGGGACGUGGCGCGGCACCCAGGCCUCUUCUCAGUUGGAGGGAACUCCAAGUCCCACAGUGCCACGGGGUGGGGUGCGUCACUUUCGCUGCGUUGGAGGCUGAGGAGAAUUGAGCCUGGGAGGCGGGUCCGGAGAGGGCUACGGAAAGCCCCCGGCGGGAAGCCCGGCCGUAGAGGGACAGUGGGUAGGUGCCCGAGGCCUACAGCUGGCCUGGGGCUCGUGUCUGGGCUUCGGACGUUGGGGCUCGGUGGCCCACCCUUUCCGUAGUUGUCCCAAUGGAGCUGGAAUUGGACGCUGGUGACCAAGACUUGCUGGGCUUUCUGCUAGAGGGAAGUGGAGGUUUGGGGACGGCGUCUGAUGAGUCCGUGAGGGCCCCACUGGACUGGGAGCUGCCGCUUUCUGAGGUACCGAGCGACUGGGAGGUAGAUGAUUUGUUGAGCUCCCUGCUGAGUCCCCCCGCGUCGUCGUUGAACGUUCUCAGCUCCUCCAACCCCUGCCUUGUCCACCAUGACCACACCUACUCCCUCCCACGGGAACCUAUCUCUAUGGAUCUAGAGAGUGAGAGCUGUAGAAAAGAGGGGACCCAGAUGACUCCACAGCAUAUGGAGGAGCUGGCAGAGCAGGAGAUUGCUAGGCUGGUACUGACAGAUGAGGAGAAGAGUCUUUUGGAGAAGGAGGGGCUUAUUCUGCCUGAGACACUUCCUCUCACUAAGAUGGAGGAACAAAUUCUGAAACGUGUGCGAAGGAAGAUUCGAAAUAAAAGAUCUGCUCAAGAGAGCCGCAGGAAAAAGAAGGUGUAUGUUGGGGGUUUAGAGAGCAGGGUCUUGAAAUACACAGCCCAGAAUAUGGAGCUUCAGAACAAAGUACAGCUUCUGGAGGAACAGAAUUUGUCCCUUCUACAUCAACUGAGGAAACUCCAGGCCAUGGUGAUUGAGAUAUCAAACAAAACAAGCAGUAGCAGCACCUGCAUCUUGGUCCUACUAGUCUCCUUCUGCCUCCUCCUUGUACCUGCUAUGUACUCCUCUGACACAAGGGGGAGCCUGCCAGCUGAGCAUGGAGUGUUGUCCCGCCAGCUUCGUGCCCUCCCCAGUGAGAACCCUUACCAGCUGGAGUUGCCUGCCCUGCAGUCAGAGGUGCCAAAAGACAGCACCCACCAGUGGCUGGACAGCUCAGACCACGUACUCCAGGCCCCUGGCAACUCUUCCUGCCUACUGUACUACAUGCCUCAGGCUCCCAGUGCAGAGCCUCCCCUGGAGUGGCCAUUCCUUGACCUCUUCUCAGAGUCUCUCUGCCGAGGUCCCAUCCUCCCCCUGCAGGCAAAUCUCACAAGGAAGGGGGCAUGGCUUCCUAUCGGUAGCCCCUCUGUCAUCUUGCAGGACAGAUACUCAGGCUAGAUAUGAGGAUAUGUGGGGGGGUCUCAGCAAGAGCUUGUGGGGCUCCCCAUCUGUGUCCAAAUAAAAAGGGGUGGGCGAGGGCUGGCUGCAGCUCCUAUGCCCUAUCAGGAGGACUGGGGGCUCAAACACACCACACUUACUGGCUUUCUGGGUCUUUUAUUUGUAGCCAUGUGUCUGUCACCCCAUGAAUGUACCUGGGGAAAUCAACUGACCUCCCUGAACAUUUCAUGCAGUGAGGGAAUGGGUGAGGAAAGAAAUAAAUAAGUGAUUCUAA